AUGGAGAAAUUAGAAAGAAAGAAAAAAUCAAAAAAUUAUAAAGAAGAAUACGUAACUAAAGAUGAGUUAAUGUUGAUUUUAGAUAAUUAUGUUUUGAAAGAUAAAAAAGAAAGUAAAUCAGAUAAAAUAAAAAGAUUGUUAACAUCAAUAGAAGGAAAGAAUGAAAAUUUUAAUUCAAGAUUACUUCAUAAAAGCAUGCAAACGAAUUCAAAUGACUCAAAAGAUUCCUUUGAAGAUUAUUCAAACUGGUUAAAGAAACACAAUAAAAAUGAUUCAGACACAACAGAAGAAACAGUAAAAAUAGAACAUCCAAAUAAGGAAUAUUAUAAUGCAUGCCUAACAAAGAAAGUAAAAAAAUAUUUGAAUGAUUAUGCAAAGAGAAAAGCAAUGAAUGAAAAAAGGAAACUUUAA